GCGUGCGCAUGUGUUUUUCAGCUGAAUGUCAUCUUCCUGGGCAUUGCCCUCUACAAGAUGUUCCACCACCACUGCGAUCCUCAAGCCGGACUCUGGCUGUCUGGACAACAUCAAGUCGUGGGUGAUCGGGGCCAUCGCCCUGCUGUGUCUGCUGGGCCUGACCUGGGCCUUCGGCUCAUGUACAUCAACGAGAGCACCGUGAUCAUGGCCUACCUCUUCACACCAUCUUCAACUCCCUGCAGGGCAUGUUCAUCUUCAUCUUCCACUGCAUCCUGCAGAAGAAGGUACGGAAGGAGUACGGCAAGUGUCUGCGGACUCACUGCUGCAGUGGCAAGAGCGUGGAGACCUCCAUCUCCUCCUCCAGUAAGACCACCACCUCCCAGUAAGACCACCACCUCCAGGGACCCCCGGCCGCUACUCCACUGGCUCUCAGGUGAGCUUACCUGCCUGCACACCUGGACGCUACAGCACAGCCGACUCUCAGAGUCGUAUCAGGCGGAUGUGGAACGACACGGUGAGGAAGCAGGAGUCCUCCUUCAUCACCGAGACAUCAACAGCUCGGCCACGCUCAACCGAGGGGCCAUGGCUAAUCAUCUUAUAACUAAUGCUCUCCUUCGUUCCCAUGGCACUAACCAUCCUUAUAACACUCUCCUGGGGGACUCUGCAGUGUAUAACCACCCGGCUGUGGGCAUGUACAACACUCAAGCACCGUACCGAGACACAAAGAGUGUGCUGAACAACGUGAGGGACUCGAGCGUCAUGGAUACGCUGCCUCUCAACGGUCACCACGCCAACAACUACAGCAUGGCCAGCAGCGAGUACCUGAGCGACUGCGUCCAGAUCCUGGACCGCAGCGGAGGCUACGGUACCCACGGCAACCACAAGGAGACCACCCUGGAGAAGAAGAUACUGAAGGAGCUGACCUCCAACUACAUCCCAUCCUACUUGAACAACCACGAGCGCUCCACCACCGAGCGCAGUCACAACCUCAUGAACAAGCUGGUCAACAGCAGCCUGGCCAACGGAGGAGGCAUGGUGGGCGGCGGCAGCAGCAGCAGCAGUGGCAGCAGCAGCAGUAGCGGCGGCAGCGGCGGCAUGUGCAGCAGUAAGGAGGACGGCGGGCCGAUGGCGCUGGACGACCCGGCCGCCUUCCCCCACGACGAGGCCCUGGGCCUGGAGAUCAUCCGGGAGGAGUCCAACGCCCCGCUGCUGCCCCCGCGGCCCCCGCCCCCGGACGGCCACCCGCCGCCGCCGCCGCCGCCCCCGCACAGCUUCGCCCGGCCCCGCCGCAUCCCCCAGGAGACGGGCGAGAGCUUCUUCCCCCUGCUGCCCAACGAGCACGCCGAGGAGCACGCCCACUCGCCCGGCCACAGAGACUCGCUGUACACCAGCAUGCCCGUGCUCACGGAGCUGCCCGACGCGCCCGCCAACGGCCUGACGGACGGCGAGGAGGAGGCCAGCUCGGGGGAGCUGCAGCCCUGCAAGAGCGCCACGGCCCCCGAGCUGGACGACGUCUACUACAAGAGCAUGCCCAACCUGGGCUCCCGCAACCACCUGCACGAGCUGCAGAGCUACUACCACAUGGGCCGCGGCGGCAGUGACCGCUACAUGGUGCCCGCCAACAAGGAGGACUCGGAUUCGUCACCGGAGGAGCCCCCCGUGGACCCCGCGCACCUGGUCACCAGUCUAUAGAGCCCGUCAGGAGACUGCUAUCCCUCCUCCUACCCCCGUUCCCCCUCCCCCCCCCCCCCCCCCCCCCCCCCCCACAACCCCACCCCCGCAGUCCCGUACCCCAUCCCUGGCCCCGGCCCCCCACUCCCCCCCCCCCUCCCCGCUCCCAGACCUCCGGUGACCUUGGGCUUGUGUUUUCGGGGGAUGGACCCGGUCUGGCCAAGCGGACUGGGUCUGGACCUACUGUGUGUGUAUUUCUCCUGGGUUCCUGAUGCGGUGGACGGGGACAGUGCAGGACGGAGCGAGGCGGGCCCCCGCAGUCAGACCCCAAGAAGUCGUUGCUCCUGACUGGGUAGUUUGGAGAGAAAUGUGUGAAAACCUCCCUUCGAACCGGCCGUGAGAAAAGACACAUCAGGGGGAGGGAUCUGUAAUUUUAAAACCCUCACUUGUUACUUUAACAUUGGAACCGUGGCUUUGAGCGUACCGUCAGCGGUCUGAACAUGAACUUCUAGUAGACCACAGAUCAUAGUGUCCACUCCUUCUUCUUCUUCUACUACUACUACUACUACUACUACUACAGGCAAACGGCCCCAGGCUCAACGUGUCUACGUUCUCCCUCCGUCAGAUGAAAUGUCACUGGGAUGAUGUCACUUCCUUUCCAAAGGGUGCAACCUAAGACUGAACACUGAACUGGCCCCAGAGAGGCAGCCCACCCCACUAUGUGCGAAUCAAGUGGAGUAUGUAUGAUAUUUCUUCUCGAACACUCAUCCUACAAAGUCUUUUGUUUGACAACCGAACUAAACCCAUAUCAAACACAGAUGUUCUAGACUCUGUACCCGUUUGUCUCUGCGGACCUGGGCUGGUGUCUGGGCCACUGUUACAUUCCUGCAAUGUAGUAACUGCGGCCACUGUGUAUUUUACUGAACCCCUCGGCCGAAGAUCAUGUGACAAUGGACCCAAGUAAAAAAGAUAAAAUACAAAGCUGUUUAUGUUUCUUCUUUCUUCUGUAACGUUUUUUCAAUUAUCAAAGGAUUAUGAGAUAAUCACAAUUUCUAUGUAUUGUACAGAAUACGGAUACAGAUAUUGCAUAUGACCAAGUCAUGUUUUUGCUUUGUUCUCUUUUAUUUUGUUUGUUUUUAACUCUGGGUGAGGAAUUUGUUUUGCAGAAGAGAUUUGAUAUGUCCAAUGUUCGAUUGUUCACAACAAGUCCAUAGAACGAGCAAAGGAGCUCUCCAUUGUGUUCUUAUUUCUACGAUACGCAGACAGAAAGCACCACUUAAAACACAUGUAUACCUUAUACUUAUUUUGUUUAGUUCCUUUUAAUAGCGACACCACUUUCACUUUAUAUUUUUUUUAAGUCAAAUGAGAAUAAAUAUGUUUUUGCCACUCUUUAGAUUACAAACUACAGGGAAGAUAAUGAAGGGGGUGCAUUUUGGGUUUUAAACAGGAAUACUCUGUGAGAAAACACACAGUUACCAUGGAAAUGUCGCUUUUGGCUUUCCAGGUAGGGGAAAUUUAAUUGCCGGCUGAAUAUAGCACCUCCACCGUUUGAGGAUCCACACAGCGACACUGACUGGGGUCUACGUGGAGCCAGAGCACAAGAUAAAGGAAGAGCUAAACAAAGUGGAGAACCCUGUAAAAAGAAGCUGGGAUAUAUGUAUCAUAUCUAUUAUGGCAAAUAUUCUUCCAAAGGAUGAGACUCCACCCAGCCGGGGCGGGCGGAGGUCUUGUUGAACAGCGCCUCCGGCUGAUAAUGAUGACACGAAGAGUUAGACGCGUCGUUCUGGCAGAGAUAAGAGAGGGACGUUAUUUCAGGAGGGUAGGUUCUCGACUGUCAAAUACCCUGAUUACACCGUGCGUGGGUGUGUGUGUGUGGGAGUGUUGGUGUGUGUGUAUGUAUGAAUGAGUGUGUUGAAGGUUUGAAAAAUGUGUGCACAGCAGCACUGUCUAAUAUGGAAAGCCAAUGUUUACUUAUUUAGGGGGGGGGGGGAACUCAAGUGUCUGAAGUGUAGCUUGCACAUAUAUCCCACGUGGCCCCUUCAUGUCCUGGAGAGAGAAAUGAUUUAUUUAUGUAUUUAUUGGUAUAAAGAGAGCAAAACAAGCUGGGAGGAAUGGAGUCUGGUUUUCAGGCAGGACUAAGAUGAAGUGACACUGAGAAUAAAAUAUCUUUUUUUUUUCAAAAUACGUAUGAUCAUGAUUAUUACAAUUAUUAUUGACAAUUAUUUAUUCUUUUUGUAUGGGUUCCAAGUUGAAUGAUCUCAUAACUAAUAUUUGUUGUAACAGUGAAAAGUUGUUUGCCAACAAAUAAAUUACUGACAUAGGCGUGUGUU